AUGGUGAACUGCCGAGGUCAACCCAUUGGAAACAAAGGGCAGUCGAACGACAAACUUGACAAACAGCCGUCGAGGUCCAUGCGACCAUUAUAUCUGCACAAGCAAUCUCCGGAUAAGCAGCCCACGAUAAAGAAAUUUGAAUCGGAACCCGAUCCGGCAUCAAUCAUCGCUAUGGCAUCGACAGCAGAUUUAUCGCCUCUGACAAUAUCGCUAGCUUCGACCAAGUCCUCUUCUACUUCAUCAUCCGAACAAACGAGACCACAAAAUAUCCUACCAUAUCUCCGUCCAUACGAGGGCAAGUUCAAGAAUCGAAGAGAACAAUCACUUUACUACUUUGCACUCUUCCCGCCCAAGAAAAUGCCCAUGCGAGGUAUCGUAUUAUGUCUACAUGGCAUUGGAGAUCAUUGUAGACGCUAUAUCCCGCUUUAUGAACGUCUGUGCGAGGAGGGGUUUGGUGUGCUUUCAUACGACCUGCUGAACCAUGGCGCCAGCGACUUUGAUGCUCAUAACACCCGAGCACAUAUCGGCAACUUUCGGUACCUCGUGGACGAUACCAACACCUUUAUCACGUUUGCAAAGAAGUCCAUUUAUCCUGAUGCACUCAAGUAUUGGCGAGAACACCACCAUCCUUACCACCCACACGGUCGGUGCAAAAAUUACGUUGUUGCUCCAGAACUCCCAUUGAUUAUCACAGGGACAUCAUUUGGUUCGCUCAUUGGGCUCCACACUGUACUCACUGGUAAGCACAAAUUUCACGCAGCAGUCUGGGCUUCACCGACAAUUGCUGUGUCCUGGACGCCGCUCUUAUGGGCCGAAUCCAAACUUGCUCGUCCACUCUCGACGCUACUCCCUAAGGCAAAGGUCGUCCCUGCGAUUCAGCAUGAAUUGCUUUGUCGAGAUCCUGCUUUCCUAGAAGAUUUUAUAACCGAUCCGCUUACUUCCAUGGACAUGAUGACUGUGCGUAGUGGUCAUGAAUCUUUGCAAGCCAUGACUCGACUUCAAAAAGACGAGCGUGUGUCGAACCCCGACAGCUUAUUUUGUGCAGUGCCAAUGUUAUUUCUAGCGGGCUCAGCCGAUGGGAUAGCCGAUCAACAGGCUGCCAUCAAGUUUUUCGCCUCAAUGGGAAAUCUGGACAAGGAAUUUAAAUUGUUUGAUGGAUUAUUUCACCUCGUGUUUGAAGAUCCCGAAAAGGAAGACGUGCUCUCGUACUUUGUUCAGUGGUUGCAACGGCGAUUUCCAGUUGAAGCACGGCACUAA